GCAACAUCCAAUAUCUUCUUUCGUUGUUUCUCUCUCUCUCUCUCUGCUUAGUGCUAUCUGCAUUGGUCCUCUGCACCAAGUCACCAACUCUGCAAUUCUUUCGCCGCCUUCUGCGUCCCACUUUCUCAAUUUUUGCGUCUUUUCACUCUCUUCGAGCUCCCUCACCCUCUCACAUAAUACAACCUUAUUCAUUUUCAUUUAUUUUAUUCCAUUUUAUGAUUAACCUCAUUCGCUCUCUGAAUCAACUGGGAAAUUGGAAUGAUCACUCCCACUCACUCAUUUUGUUUAUGUUCAAAGGGAAAAAUUUGAGCCUCACGAGGAACUCACGUUUUUAGAAUAGUUUUUCUGUCCUUUCUUUUCUUGAUUAUUGGGUUUCAGCGAGUUUUCCUUGAUCUCAGCCGAGAAUCAGUGUCACUAUCACUAUCUCAUGACUCAUGAUGAUGCACCUUAUUGCUCCUUAGAGAAAUUCAAUUUAUUUUUAUAAAACAAAAGCUUUGAAAAGAAAGGCCGAAUCUUAAGGGCUCUUACUUUACUUGGCAGGUUUAUCUUCAAUGCCUUCAAAUCCUGUUUGGAUUCCAAAGGUUCCCUUCCAAGUUAACAUAGUGGAGUAUGUUGUAAGAUAUACAAAGAGGAGAGGAGAGUAAUAAUAAGUUCUUGAGUUUGAGGCCUUUUUGAUUCAUUUUCCAUUGUGAUCCAAAUCAUGCCUCUGUAUGAGUUAUACCGGCUUUCUAGAGAGAAGCUUGAUGAAGAGAUUAAUGGCACACGUGCAACUGAUCAGUCUCGAUCUUCCUCCAGGCCUGAGAAGGAUUUUUUCGAGCUAAUUUGGGAAAACGGCAACAUUUUGACAACGCAGGGUCAGUCUAGUAGAGCUAAGAAGAGUCCACCUCGCCGGAGCUUACCAUCUCACUGCUUGCCAUCUCACAGUCCCAAGGGUAGAGACAGAGAUGCAGGGUAUGUUAACAAUCCAAGGGUAGGGAAGUCUGGUGAUUUAGACACCGGAUUGAAUGAAAUUUCGAUGUCAGUGCCGUCGACUGAAGUGGAUUUGGGUCAUGAUGAUGAUGUCAUACCUUGGUUGGAUUAUACAAUGGAUGGCUCUUUGCAGAAUGAGUAUGGUUCUAAUUUCUUACAUGAACUAUCCGGGGUCACGGAUCAAGACUUGCCCUCAAAUCAUUUUUCGCUUGUGGAUAAAAGUAGUGGUAAUCAGGUAUUUAGGGACUCUCAUAAGAAUUCUGCAGAGCAAAGCAACUUUUCCAGUGUUUCUUCGACCGGCGUAGAUGAGACAACUAGACCUAAAGCUAGCACGGUUGAAUCAUACCUGCCAUCAUCAUUCAUUUCAGUUAGACCAAGAGUAUCGGAUGUUACUGCGAACAAUACCAGUAAUGCAAUGCUUCAUCCACCAGUUACUGAGAUUCCUUCUUCAUCGAGUGAUUUUUCGAGCUUAAAGAUGCAGAAGCAAGAUCAAGUUAUUCCUAGCAAUGGUUCAUCUGUUAUGAAUUUCUCCCAUUUCGCAAGGCCUGCCGCCAUCGUGAGAGCUAAUCUUCAGAACAUUGGAUUGAAGUCUGUUUCGUCUUCAACAAGAUCUGAAAAUGUGGAAAGUAUGAAUAAAGGUGCUGUUGUACCUAGCAGUAAUCUUCCAGAAUCAACUCUUGCCGAUUCAUGUAGUGAAUGUCCAAAGGUUCUAAUGGGGAACAAUGAGAAGGCUGUGGAACAAUCCAGGGAUGAUUUGAAACUGUUGGAGUCAAAAUCUCUCGAACAGAACAUUGCCGGUUCUAAACAAUUAGACCCUACUUGCAAAGAGAAAGCCAUUAAAAUUGAUCAAACUUCCAACCGAGUUCUUGGUGAAACUGCCACUAACACACAGAUAGCUGCUGAAAGAAGUACGGAGCUGGUGGUAGCCUCUUCCUCUGUUGGCUCUGGCAACUGUGCAGACAGAGGUUCAGACGAUCCAAUUCAAAAUUUGAAGCGGAAAAAUCGAGACACUGAGGACUCUGAAUGGCAUAGUGAUGAUGUUGAGGAAGAAUCAGUGGGUGUUAAAAAAGCAGCUGCUGGGCGUGGAGCUUCGGGUUCCAAGAGAAGUCGUGCUGCUGAAGUGCAUAAUCUUUCUGAAAGGAGGCGAAGAGAUAGGAUCAACGAGAAGAUGCGUGCAUUACAAGAACUCAUACCCAAUUGCAAUAAGGUGGAUAAAGCUUCAAUGCUGGAUGAGGCUAUUGAGUAUCUUAAAACACUUCAGCUCCAAGUUCAAAUGAUGUCAAUGGGAGCCGGUUUGUAUAUGCAUCCGAUGAUGUUGCCACAUGGAAUGCAGCACAUGCAUGCACCACACUUGGCUCCUUUUUCGCCUAUGGCCUAUGGAAUGCAAAUGGGAUUGGGUAUGGGAUAUGGCAUGGCUAUGCCUGAUAUGAAUGGUGUAUCAUCUCGAUUCCCAAUGGUUCAGGUUCCCCAAAUGCAAGGAACUCAUGUCCCUGUUGCACAAAUGUCUGGACCUACUGCAAUGGUUAGAUCAAAUACUCAAGGGUUCGGGGUUCCAGGUCAGGGAUUUCCCUUGCCACUCCCUCGUGCACCCUUAUUUCCUUUCUCGGGAGGGCCGGUUAUGAACUCAUCGUCGGCUUUGGGAUUACGUCCUUGUGGAACAACAGGGCUUAGUCAAACUGCGGAUCUGGCGUCAACAUCUGGCUUAAAGGACCCUUCGCCAAAUACGGAUUCACUAGUAAAGCAAAGUACUGGUGGUGGCGGCUGCGACUCAACUAGUCAGAUGCCUAUCCAGUGUGAAGCAGCAGCAACAACUGUUGGAUUUGAACAGUCAUCAAUGGUACAUAAUAGCAGCCAUACCUCUGAGGCUAAUGACAGUGGAACUCUUAAUCCUGACAAAGAAGAUAAUAACCUUGUGACUGGUUAUGAUGAUUGAUACUCCGAACUAACUAAGGCUAGUUAAAGGGUGCAUUUUCAAGUUGAGAUAUUUGAGGGAAAUGGAGGGGAAGGACUACAUUGAAGAGUAAAGUGUUUAUUUUUACUCUUCAAGUUUUUUCCUUCUCUUUUAAGACUCCAACUCAAAACACGCAUAGAAGAUCCCAUGAUUCUAGAGAUGUUUCUGGUCUUCACAAGUUAAAUGUAGCAUACCACAAGAAAAUUUCAGUCAUUGAGGUUGAUCCAUUACAAUAAUAAUUUGGAAAUUGGAAGCCUCAAUUUUUGGACUGAGAAAAUGAAGAGAAAAGAGGUUUUGGUAUCAUUGGGGGGAGGACACUCAUUUGUAUAUCCACUUAGCGAGCUGUUCUAUUCAAUUGACUCUUCGACAUGUUAUUUUGUGUAAUCUUACAAAUGUGAAUUCAAAUGUUUUGUUUUCAUAGUGAUUCUUUUGAAUUAAUGAAAUAAUCGGUUUUUCUUU